AGACCCCCUGUGAGGUGGUAAGGCCGGGCGGAGUUGUUGUUGUUGCCGUAUGCAAGAGAGAGUACCACCGGAGCAGCAAGGAGGAAUGAGGUUGAUGAUCAUAGUUUUGUAGGACCGCCAGCCAGUUUGUUUUCGAUCGUUGCUAUAUGCGUUUGCUGCGCCCUGACGUCCCCGCACUCUCUGGCGUGUCCGGUCUGGCUGCUUCCGCGUAACGUGUGCUCAGUGUGUGCGGUGUUCUGACCUCUAGAACCAACCGGAGAGAUUCUUACGAUCAAUUAGGACUCCCCCUAACCGGUCGAUUACGAAUAGUGACAGCACAGGGAAUAGCGUGAGUGAAUGCAAUCCCGGAUGGAGCGAUUCCAAGUUAUUCGUUGACCUACUUCAAGAUCGUACCGCGAGUGAAGCAUUUGAGUGCCAGAAGCAUAACUUCCCCAACUGGAGGGAUCAUCCACUAAGGCAUGACUCGGUGAAGUGAUUAAUUAAGUUGAUAAGGAUACAGCGAUCGAGGUUAAUGACCCGUUCAUCAAAAGGAUACUGAACUCAGAUGUCAGGAUGACGUAUAGUAGUGAAGUUGCAACAGGUGGUUAAGUAGUGAUUCAGACCAAAAUAUUAUCACUUGUGAUAACUGAAGACGCAAUUUGCUCGAACAACUAGAGGCUGUUUUAGUGUGCUUUGGGAAGAAUAGAAGAAGAGAAAAAGCUGGUUAAAAGGUGUCAAAACGAUGGAAGAAAACUUGAAAACUAUCUCGCUGUAGUAGGCUGACCUACAUUUUGCAGCCGCACGAGCAGAUCGAGAGUCUCUCAGCCUGCGGCGACGUCAUCAACUAGCAAGCGGAUUAUUAGCAGCAAUACUGGUUGCCUUGAUCGUGAUUUUCAUUCAUGAGAGCGACUAAUCGUGUGGAGAAAAAUUUGAGCGAGGUGGAAGAAAGUUUCCACGGAGCAUAGUGUAUGAGUGAAUGAUUGCGCCAAUGGCGUUGAAACGUUGCGUGUGAAAUAUUUUGAAUUAACCACUUAUUCGCAACGAUCGUAGUGACAUAUUGGAGUGCAACAACAACAACAACAACAACAAUAAAAACACCACUGGCGGUAAUACAUUUAUUAAUGCAGAUGACCCGGAUAUUAUAAAUACUGAGACUCUACAUGCUAUUGUUGCGAUUUGCAUUUAAUUGUGUCAAAGCUGCCCGAUGUGCUGCGCUUCCGUGGAUAUGUGUUAAUUAGAUUUGCGCACCACACAGGAGAAAGAGAUAACAAAGAGGAAACGCGGAUAGCGACCGAGUGAAGAAAGAAAAAAAAUUGUACACGACCAGUGAUCUGAUUAAGCCCCGCACCUCAAGCCUCGUGCCGAUCUCGUUCCGCUCGAGGCAUCUGUGACACCGUCAGCGAGUUUAGUGUGAACGGCGUGUGAAGAAAGGGGUGUGAAAACGGAAGAAAGGAGAAUGAGAUAAAUUAAAUAUGUAUUGAGGUGAACCUAAUGAGAGCAAACCACAGUCUACUGAGAUUUAGGUACUGCUCGGUUUAAACCCGAUUAUUGUUGCAUGUCAAAAGUGAUGCAAAUCGACUUAACUAGUGUUUACGGUUCGGAAUUACCGGAUCCCAUCGUAAGCGAAAGUGACAAGUGUUAGGCCCAGGAGGAAACUGAAUCAUCGCUGGAAACGACUAAGUGUUCUAAUGUUCUUAAUCGAUAGAAAGCCAUUUUUUUGUACAUAAGCAACGAAGAAGGCUGUCUAUCCCCGAAAAAUACUUCUCGGCUUCUCAACCCUUCAUCGCCUGUCUGUUUCAGUUGGACCCAACCUUCCGGCUUGUACAGUCUAAAAAAAAUCUAUCUCAGAAUAGUUCUGAUCGACCAUGCAUUGCCAGAUAGCUCCCCUGACAUCGGACUUCUUCUUUAGUGCUUCUUAGUGUUGCAGUGGCUAACUGGAAUCAUAGCGACGUGUCUCGGGGUUUCGACUUUUUUCCCUCCCAGACACACCGAUGGUGAACUGCACCAUGAGCGCUCAGAACGAUUCCGAGGUGGAAAGCCUACUGAUGAGUCCAUGCUGGAACCAAUCAACGAGUGUUCAAGACCAAUAUAUACUAGAUGGCCACAAGCUACUGCUGGAUGCUGAUUUGGAGUCCCUACCGAGCGAUUCCGAGACGCAGAAAAGUUCGAUGGACGUGCUGGAGAACCUGCUGCUUAAUUCGACGUCGAUAAACAGCAGUAAUUCGAGCAACGAUGGGGAUGUUAAACCUUUACCCUCUUUUACGUCCUUCAAUACAGGACAUUUAUCAAUUAACGGAAUAUCCGGGUAUCAUUAUACGGCGAUUGCGCAGCGGUUGCCGGAAGAGAACAACAAUUACCCGCAGAAUUCGUUCCAGAACGGCACGAGCAACGGCAGCAAUGGGGAUAACAACAUCGUUUCCUCGUCGACUUGCCUGCCAGACUCGGUGCUCAACCCGGACGGCAAUGGAGGUGACAGUUGCCUACAGGACGUGAAACUUUUUUCCGAUAGCUCGAUCGACGGAAAAAUCUACUCUGCUAGUGCUGACAGUUGCGUGAUAGGUGGGCCCGAUUCUGUCUCCGGAGCAAGAAUCUUUGUAGACUCCAAGGAAUUGUCCGAGUAUGAUAUGAGUUCGAUCGAAGAUAUUGCGGCAAUAAUUGGAUCGGCUAUAGCGGACACAACAGUUCCAAACAACAAGGUCGAAAAAGAAGACGGAAACGAUACGAGAGAUUCCUGGAUGGAUUUGGAUGCGUGGAUUGAAGGGACUUGCACGACUCCGGAAAGCAAACUUAUCGUAUCACAGCAGGACUCACUCAGUGAGCUGAUCCUACCUCAUUCUCCGGUGCAUACUGCCGGUUCAACGCUACAGAGUCUACUAACGCACGGGUAUAUGCCACUGCUGCAGAAUCGACUACAGAAUGGGCCCCCGAUCAAAAUUGAGACCCCCACCUCGACGUCCUACUGCGGCGAACUGAUAUCGACUUCAACUAGUCCUCCAGGCUCGGUGGUUUCCACAACCGACAAUUUAAUACUGAACGGAAGGUACCUGCAGAAUCAUCAAAACUUUGCCCUCAGUAUGGGCAUCAAACCGGAUGGACUGUGCAGUCCGGAACUCAUGGGUAACUACCCGCAUACCACUAGCACAACUCCAACGACACCAAAAAACAAACGACGGCCUCACAAGCAGUCUAAAACCAACGGUCAUGGGCAUCCUCAUGUGCAGCAGGCUCAAUCCCAGCAAUCACAAUGUUCCGUACAGCAAUCCGCGGCCCAGCAAUCCCACCAGCAGCAGUUGUCCGCUGCAGCGGCGGCGGUAGCAGCACAGACCCAAGCAGCGCUCAGCUUUCAGGCGGCUAGUGAACUCAGUGGACUCCUCGGUAAGGAUAAACCUGUGCACCGGUGUAACAUCUGCAACCGGGGGUUCCUCAACAAAAGCAACAUCAAGGUCCACCUGCGAACACACACCGGCGAAAAGCCGUUCCGCUGUGAAGUCUGCGCCAAAGCAUUCCGCCAAAAGGCCCAUCUCAUCAAGCAUCAGCAGAUACACAAACGAAUCGGGAGAGAUUGACCAU